AUGUGUAUGUUCAGGAUCACUACUUAUGAUGAGUGUUGGGGCCAGUACACUCACUUAUUAAUUUGCGCCAACGAAUCAUCCAAUAAGAAUGAACUUACGUCUCCGCAAGAUCGCGUUCUUUCGGCGUUGAAAUGUCCAAACUUGAAAUCUGAGCAUAUCAACAUCGGAGGUUCGAGAUGUAAUUGCAAACUCAAUCCGCGAGCCUUCAACACUGUUUGUAACAGGAUGUGGGGAGGUGACUUUGUUGGAAGUGUUAACUGUAGCAUGAAUCCCGGAUCUGCAGUAAAAUUUCAAUUUCGCGGCCGAGAAUGGGAGAACUGCACCAACGUGGAUAUGCUACUUAGAGGAGGAGUUCGCCGUGUUCCAGAUGGUUACAACCCAAGUGCGCAAGCAUGGAAUGAUAGUGAGUGGGAUGGAGACGAUAAGCAGGUAGAUUGGAGAGACAAAGAUUGGGUCAUGUUGGCAGAGAAGGGAAUGGUUACGUGGCAGAGCCGCAAAACUCGAAAGCCCAGUAAUUUUCAACAUCCGAUGAUACCAGGAGGUAUUCAGCUCCCUGCGGAGACUCAAACUUACCAAAAGGUUCAACUGGAGAAAAACGAAAUGUUUUCGACCCAGCACAAUUUGUCCAGAUCAAAAGGUCAGAAGCUCCCUCCACGGUAUAAUGCGACAAACCAUCAUAUUGGCAGUAUUGAUGAUGCUGUAGUUGAGUGGAGGCAAUUGAAAGACCAGAAAGAAGCCGCUGCAGAUGGUCGUCUGCAUUUGCCAUCUCGUCCGCCAAGCGUUGGUCUGCCACAACACCAGAGGAAAGCUUCGGCUCCACACAUCAACCAAGUUGAAUAUGGAAGACAGCUGGAAACAAACACCGAUCGUCAGAAUCAACAAAGUAUGCUGUCAUCAUUGACUACUACUGCUCGAACCCAACCCAUAUUUCCAACCGGUCCAAAGGCUAUGUCAAUUCGAGAGGCAGAGCGACCGCGUAGAGAGAGAAAGAAAAGCCAAGGAGUUCAACCGGGAGUGCAAUCGACUGCAGAUACGAAAGCGCGUUCAACCAUUCCAAUUGGGCCGAAAUUCAUGCCUGUUUGGCAGCUGGCUCAAAUUCUGAAGGAGAAACAGGAAAAAGAGAAAAAGAAUCUUGGAACACCGCCGGGAAAUCACCAACAAAGAUUGAUAGACCCUGCUACUACUACUGUCAUCCGCGAGAAUAAUAUUCACGACCAGGACGCAAGUGAAGCAAGACCAGAAGUCCCUGCUUCCUUGGAAACUUCUUCAGCUCCUGUUGCUGCUGGUGAAAGCUUGCAAGAUCAGCGCGAGAGGGGACAUGAUCAGAAGAGAAACGAAUUCUUACAAAAUGCGUACACACAACGAGGUGUUUUCCGGGAGGAGAAAUUGAAGGAUCAAGUACACGAACCUGGUCUGUCUGUUCAGGAUAAUUUCCAACACCUCAACACGGACAUCCCUAGCCGAGAGGAUAAUGAUCCCUCUACCGUUGAGACCAUCGAGGUUUUAGAUAGACCAUGGAAUGGAGUAUCGGAAUUUGUCGUUUCCCAAGAGUAUAACGAUACUUUGCCGGAGUCUGAUGACAGGAAUUUCAGAUUGAACAACUUCACUCCUUCCGAACAGCCAUCAGAAAAAGUCCCAGUGGCAGACCUUAAUGAGGCAUCGAACUCUACACCUAAAGGUUUCUAUGAAACUUCGCACCAAGCUUCAGUCACACUUGUGGGAAACCCGCAAGUAGGUCCACAAAUUGCUUCGAAUCCUUCCCGCAGAGAUCCGACACCUCUUGAGCUACACCAAGUGGAAAGAUCUCAAGCGAAAUAUGCAAGCCCUGAGUCUCAUCCUCAUUUGAAUCCCAGUGAAAUCGAACUAGAUGCCGAAAGAAGAGCUAAGCAGCAUCAGGAAAUUGCAGAGCAAUCAAGACUCCAAGCUCUUGAGCGGGAACAGAAAACUCAGGAUGCUAUACAGACUUGGAGACGAUCCGAUGUCUUUAAACAAGAACCAAGUGAUUCACAGGAAAAUUUCCAGAGAAAGGCAAUUAGAAAGCUCCAAGAAAUUCAAGAUCAGUCGAAGAUACCAGGCAACCGAAACGAGCAAGAUGUUCUCCAUGAUUUUAGUCAGCUUGACGCUUUUCUACAAGAUUUCACGCUUUCUCAGCAAGAUACUGCUCGGGAGAUGUGGAUGGAGGAAAAACACAGGGUUGAUAGGAAGUUGGGUAAGUUUUAUGGAACCGUUACUACUCCUAACAAAGAGGCCACAGAUAGUCCACGUGUGAGCAACAACGUAUUCAAGCAGCCGCGUCAAGAGAAAAUCAACGAGGAAAAUGAUGUUGAAGAGAAAUCUGUUGAAGACAAGUCUCUUCCUCAAAACAAAACUUCACCUACGAAUAACUCUCACCUCCCGCUGAAAUCUGAAUUACAUCAUCUACUCAAAAAAAAGCGGAAGCAAAUACUGAUGACAAACAUGCUACAUGAUCAAGACAUGAAGGAGAGAUUUGUGCAGGAUGUUCCUUUUCCGCAACAGAACUUAGCCAAUGAUAGUUGGAAUAUUGUAGCAAAAAUGGUAAAUCGCCGCUUACAGAAACUCCUCGAUCAAAUCAGAGCAUGCAUGGUCAGUGAAGGCGUAGAAAGUUAUGCCGAGGACGUUGAAUGUAGUGAAGAGGAGCACCGGCAAGUUCAGGAGAAAAUACUGACAAAGGUCAAUCGAAAACUUCGCGAGCAACUCAGGAAAUUUGAACCUUCAGCAAGAAAUCAAGAAGGGAGAAGAACUCGUGGAGAAGGACAGCAGAAGAAUCCCAAUAAUCGCAAAUCUUCCAAAGAGGAAAACCAAGAUGGUGAUGGUGAUGGUGUUGAUCUUUCGAAUUACACUGGUCGUGCUGAAGUUACAAAUAAUCAACAGGAAGUGAUCAGCACUUCACUUGGAGAUCAGGUAAUGGGAGAUAUUACGGAUGCUGAUGACGAAGCCGAUAUUGAAGUACAACAAAAACGAAAGAGAGACGUCCAAUACUUUGAUUAUGCUCCACGUAAGCCUGCCAAGAAGAGGAAGCCUAGCGAAAAUAAGCUGGAUGGUGAGAGCAAACAGGCACGCAACCAGAGAUUGAGGGAUUUGUAUUAUUCUGGACUCAUUGCGAGUAUGGAAGAUGUCACGGGUCUUGAGAAGGCUGACGCUGCCAAACUACAUGUCGAGAACAAACGAGACCAAGAUACGCGGAAGGGUAGUUCCCAGUAUUCUGAUCCAAUGAUCUUAAAAGAUGAGAUGUCUAGCAAUAAUAAGCCCCAGACCGAGAACUCUGAACGCAAAAUACGGAUCGACAUUGACCACGAAGCUCAGGACACACGUACUGUGAAAAAUAAACGAGAAUAUCGUCAGAUAAUCCCCUUGGCCUUUCACCGCUCGUAUCAGAAGCAAUUCCCGAAACGGCCAAAUGAAUCACUGCUCGAGUUUCGCGAGAGAAAGCUUGCUGCAUACAUCGUCAGCGAUGAAUACAAACAACGUCAAUCAGCUGGCUUAGGCACUAAGAGUAGCAAUGUGACUAAUGAUCUAGAACAAGCCAAUAGUGAUGAGGAUCUGUCGGAGUAUCUACCAUCAGGUAUGAACCAGUCGAGUUUGAGCAACCAAGUUGGUACGCAUGCCAUGAAUGAGGAGAUGACAAAUUCAAGACCUCCGCGUCAAGCGAAGAAUAUUUCUGCUCGAGAAGAAUAUCUUCGAAAGCAAGACGCCAGAAUACUUGAGGAACAGAAGCAACAAGUUGGUAAUACACGCAAUGAUUACCUUAAGACAGAAGGCGGCAGCCGAUCGCAAAGCAGAGCUGUAGGUAGUUUCAGAUCUCAGCAACAACUCCAGUCGUUCGAUACAAAUUUGUCAGCGGUAGUCCAGCACAAUGAUGCAGUUAUGGCAGGGAGCAAUGUCGAGACAGCUAUUGAUUUGACGUCUGAUUGA